AUGAAAAACAAUCAACCAAAAGUUUAGGAGAUUCAAAUUUAAUUCAAUUUACCAUAGAUUCAGAUUACACAGACAAAAUAAGAUGUUUUUAGCUAUACUGAUUGUGUUUUACAAGUUUUAGAGCUUGAAAUUCUUUUUAAAAAUCAAUAACCGAAUAUCUAGAGAAAGCUCUCUCUCAAAUUUUAGCAAGAUGGCAAGAAAUUUUAUUAAAAUUUGAGAUUGAUCAAGCAAAACAAAGCGAUAUCGAGAUAUGUUUUAAUUGAUUAAGAGCCUUUAAACCUGAACCAAAAUAGUAUAAAUGAUUUGGUCCUUGACAUUUGUUCUUAUGAAUAAAAGAAAGAAGAAAGUUGGGAUAACAUUUAAAUGUAUAAGCUUCUAUAAGAAUCAGAAGAAGAUUUCAAGAAGAAUUAAGGAAAAGAUUUUUGGCUUUUCCGCUAUCUAAAUGAUCCGUUGGAUAGAGAAAUUUAUCAUUAUGGAUUUUUGCAUGUGGUUAUUUACAGAAAACAAGUUGGAUCUUACUUUGAUUAUAUUCAAAAUAAAAUAAAAGAUGAUAUAUCAUUAAAAUGUCCAUUAUACAGAGAUUCUUUUUAUUAUCCAUAUUUUUAACCGAAUUAAAUUUUGUUAGUUUAUAAGCUGCUGUCUGAAUUUAAUUACGAGUGGAACUUUUAAGGUUUUUAUAAAUAUUAAGUAAUAGAAAACGAUUACCACAGAAUAUUGAACUAAGGAAAUGACUCCAAUGCUAAUAAUGAAAAAUAAUUUUAGGAAUACUAUGCUAACAUCAGAACAUUUUACUAAUUUAUGUAUGUUAGUUAAAUGACUAAGGUUAUGACUUACUAUUUUAAAAUAUAAAAUUAUUUUUGGUAGAAUUUCUAACAAAACUUUAAAGAUAUUGUUGAAUCAAACAAGUAAGCUUAUUUGCAAGACUUGUAAAAGAUAAGUGAGAAAAUUGGAAUCUCAAUAAAAUAUAGGUUCUAGACUUGGAAUGAGUUUGCUUUAUUAAACGAAAAAAUAGGAAAAUAAUAUAAAUAAUUAGUCUAAAACUAUCACAAAAUUGAGCUUCUCAAAGAAUACCAAAAAUUAAAGCAGGCAUUGACCUAGUAAUAUGGUAAUGAUUAUGAAUAAAUUGAACAGAGAUAUGUCCAAGAAAACAAAGACUUCGUUUAUAGCAUUAUCUCUACCAUUUGCCAUUUUCAUUGUAUUCAUGUAACACCUCAGAUGCUUUAUGAUUUAAAUAGAAGGUUUGAGUAAGAUUUGAUUGAUGUAGGAGUAUUAUUUGAGAGAUUCAACUUAAUAGCUCAAGUGAUUAAGGAUAUAAUUUUUAUUUAUACCUUCAACUAAGAAAAAAAGUAUUAGAGGGAGUAACAAAAUAGCUAGACUGUUGAAGAAGCUGACUAUUAAGAAUAUCAAAUAAUUCCUUAAAUAAAUUAUCAUUAAGGAUUAAUUGAUAUAAUUGAUAAAUUGAUUACUUUAAAUUAAACUUGCAAGAGCAAUUAGGAUUAGAAAGAGGGCAAAUUUUUGUCUAAUGUUUUUUGGACACUUUACUCUUUUUAUAAGCAUGUAUUGAAGUAUUACAUUAGCUCAAAGUAUAGAGGAAAGCACAUUGUAGACGACCUUUUUGUUCUAAAUUAUUGCUUCAAAAUCCAUAUAAAAGAUUUAUGGGAUCACCUUGAUUCUCUUUACAUCAAUACUGACUUCCUCUUUGAAAAAUCAUUUUUCUCUCUUUAUGCGAAUGUUUUAUCUAGAGAGCUUUUGUACAGGGUUUGGGACAUUAUUUUUCUAGAAAUUUCAAGAGAUAAGAUAAAGCCAAGAUGGAUUCUAAUUUCCAUUGCUAUGACAAUCUUGCUCAAGCUAAAAAACACUCUUAAACAAGCUAAAACUGUUGAUGAUGUCCUUUUACUCAUUAAGAAUUAUUGCUCAUUCGAAACGAACAUAUCUGAAUUCAUAGACACCGUUUAUGAGUGGAUAGACAAGCUUUUUCUAUAAAAAUGCUUUGAAUAAGAUGGUGAAGGUGAAGAAAAUUAUGAAUCAUAAAGAUACUAGGAUGAACAUCUAAUAGAAAAACUACUCAUUCAAGAGAGUGUUAUGAAAGGAUUCUAUUCUAAGUAUAGUGUCUCUAACACUUUAUUUGAAGAUCAAUACCUCUCAAAGCUAAGAGAAAUAUGUUUCUCUAAGUAUUUUUUGAUGUACGAAACCUUAGAAUCUGAAUUCAAAUAUAUAAUGAAGAAAAAACAAAGCCAGAAGAAAUUAGAUUGCUAACCUUUGUAUCAAAUAUUAACUAAUUAGCCUCAAAAAUUGCACUUAGUUAUUCAUGGUUUUUCAGAAGUGCUAUUAGAUCAAAAUGAUAUAACUAUUUAAUAUUUGAAUUAAGAAUUUCAAGUCAAAGAUUAUUUAGAAUUCGAUUUAAACUAAGAAUGCGUUUAUUUAAAAUAACUAGGUGUUUUAAAAAUUAUCAUUGAAGAACAAGGUAUUAAGUAUGAAGGAUUCAUUUUGCUAGAUAACUUAUUCUUCGAUUAAGCAAUUAAAUUAAAUGUAUUAAUGGAAGAAUAAGUCAUCUUAAAAUCAAAUAUUCUCUUCAAGCCUGAAGGUUAUUUCUUAGAAUGCAGCGUUCUCAUACAAACAUGCAACACUUACAACUUAAAUUAUACUAAAAGCUAAAGAGUUGCUUUUCCCUACUUCAAAAAUCUAGGAAAAAAAAUAACAGAAGAUCAAAAAAAUCAGCAAUAUAUUGUGAAUUACAUUUAAAAAGAAGAGAAUUCAAAUUAGGUGGAGGCUCAGGUAUUUUCUCCGAUGUAUUCUAAUGAAAAAUUCUAUUCAGAAUUAAAUAUUUCUGAAUAUAAGUCAAAAUUCGAUACUUGCAAUUGUAAUAUGUUUACUUAGUGGAAAAUCAAUUCUUACAUCCCGAAUGACAACGCUUAUAGUUUUGUUGAUAAAUUAUUUCCAACUGAAUUGUCAAGAUAGGAAAAAAGAGAUUUGGUUUAACAGUUAGUCACUUUGGACAAUUAGUUCUACAUUUUAGAUCUUUUCCUAAUUUGUAUUAUUUAUUCUCAAGAAUAGUUUUUGACAAAAGCCUCUUUGAUUUUUAAAUAUCUAAAUUUCUUUGAGAGAAGAAGCAGUGAUUUUGAUAUCUCAGAUGUUACAGUUAAAUCCUUCUUAAUAUCUCUCUAUGAAAGAAUGCAGUAUUAUUUCCCAUCUCAUUAGAUUAUGAUCUUAGAAAAUUAUUUCAAGUCUAAAGCUGUGUCUCAAAUAAAUAAAGUAGUUUACUAAUACGCUAAUGGUUUGGAAGAUUUAACUAGUUUUUUCAAAGAGAAGAUAAUUGACUAAGUCUUUGAAAAAAACCUUUCUCUUAAUAUUGAUUUGUCUAAUCCUGAUUUCUUGAAGUCUCUUUUCAUGAAGCUAAUACAAUCUAAUGUCUUAAUAGGAGGUAAAUUAGUCAUAGAAUAUCAGUUAAAAACAUACAAAAGAUAAAAAGAAUUGACUAUUUAUUAUGAUGAAUAAAAAAAAUCAUUCUCUCUAAGCAACGACUCUUCUCAAAAAUAUGACAAAGAAUAAGCAGAAAGAGACAAACAAAAACCUCUCAUUUAAAGAUUGCUCUUGUAAUAGAAGAAUUUAAUUAACUUUGAACUUUAUGACACAUACACUGAAAGUGAUUUUAUAGAUUUGCUGAACUAAAUGCCUUUAGUUCCAUUGUUGUUAACAAUAAAAAAUGUUAAUGUGGAUUCACCUUUAGUUAUUGAAAAAGAUGACUAAAAUUUUGGUUAUUUAUGCAGAAAUUUUAAUAUUUAAUUGGAUGUUAAAAUACGAUUAGAGGGUCAGCUUUACUAAAAUGGAGAAAAUUUUUUAGUUAGAGAUAAUUUUUUCAAUUCAAGGAGAGAUCUUUUAUUUGCUUAAGAUGGAUAAGUGCCUUUCUAAAAGUAUUUAUUCUUGCCAAACAUCAACAUGUAUAAUAGAGUGUAAAACAUCGCAGAAAAUAUAGCAUAGGCUUUAUUUGGCGAGAGCUACUAUGUAAAAUAAGUUGAUGAAAUAGACGGAAACAGAAUUUUUAGAAAACUUAGAGACUUCCCUCAGGAACAAUCGUUAUUUUAGAUAGAGCAAUAAGCAAGAGAACUAUAAAACUAGGUUCUAAGGAUAUUGGAUUUACCUGAUGUUUAAAGAAUGAACAGUUAGUAGUAAUUAAUAAAUAAAAUUUAGUAGGAUUUAAAACCAAAAAUUUACUCUCUCUUGAUCACAGUGGACAGGCACUAAUAUGAAAAUAAAAGAGAUUUGUAUUAAAAAUAUACAAAUACUACUUUCUGUAGAUAUACAUUCAAUACAUAGACUCAUGUUAUUUUCCUACCAAUUUUAAACAUAUCUCAUAUAGAAAACUCAAAAUACAUAGUUUCUAUUCAGUCUUAAUAAGAUAAAUACUAUUUAGUCGACGAAAGUGAUGUUAAAAGUAUUGUCAAUGUUAAUAUCAAAAAUAAAUUCAUUUCUAACUUUUGA